CACGUCGUUAGACCACUGGCUGUCGGCGCUGCCUGUUACCCUGGUACAGCUAGACCUGUCACAGUGUGGUAGUGUGUCGAGCGUGCUGGCGCUGAUGCACAGGGCUGCCUCGCAACAGAGAGCCGCGUUCCUGACAAGUCUACAGAAGCAGUUGACCACAAUAUUAGGUAUGUUACCGGGAAUGAGUCACGAGCAACAGAAAACAACUCUGCAGCUACUCUAUUUUGCAAAGACUUUACGGAAGACGCAUUUCCACGUACUGGUAAAUUGGGUGCGAUCUGAAGCCACGGACAUGACCCUGGUGAAGUAUCUACUGUCCCUGCUCAAUGGAAGGUUAGCAAAGCAGCUGACGUCAGGAGAAGUGUGGACAGAGCCUUCCGCUUAUAUCAGCUACACGAUCUCUCUACUCGUUGGAGGCAGCGUGCCAAAGAUGGCUGAACAGCAGUUUCCAACAAUGGCACUACUGUCGCCGCAUGUUUAUGCACCGGAAAUAGAUGGUGGCAGUCUAGACGGGUGGCCCCGGCAGAAAGACGUCGUCUUGGCCGUGCAUGAUAGCAUACAUCUUCUACCAAACUCGCAGCAAGUCGAAGAUUUGUACUUUGGCCAUGUAGAACAAAUUCUGGUCGGAGGCAAAUCGGCACCGGUGCUGUCAUUUCUCGCCGCGAUGCUGCUGGCUGCGUUGAGACCGGAGCGUGCAGACGUCGCCCGCAGGCGUCCCGACUGGGCGGAGCUGUGUUACCACAUAAUGCUGUCGCUGGUUGCGGCGCAGACGACGACGACGGGCGCGCUGGAAUGUGCGUGGGAUACGUGCGUCCAGUUCUGCAAGGCGUACCGGAUGGGAGGCACCAUCUUGGACUCGAUCGCGGCCGGAAUCCAAGCGGGAAGUGCGGAGACGGGAACACUGGUGACGUUGGCGACGAAGCUAAUGCGGCAGGCGUGUGACAGUCGAGACAGCAUCCAGCAACCGAUGAGCGCCAUACGCACGGCCGCCGAGUCGCAGUUAUCUGAGGAAGAUGUGAAGACAGUUCAGUGGUGGGCAGACUUCAUGUACGAGCUUACGUUACACUGUCAGCAGCAGCAACAGUGAGAACAUUUACUACGAGUGAAAAAAAGGAUUGCUCUACAGAAACGAAAUCGUGUGCUCGUAAAUAAUGUAUAAAAGAAUUUUGUAUUCACAUCA